AAAAAAAAAAAGACUCAGCCCGAGCACCCCCCUCUGCGGGCUGUUGGAAGCAUCCGCUCUUGCGCUGUGUCGCAACAACUUGCACAUUCGCUUUCAUCGCCCAGGAGACAGCUUGAGAUUCAUAUACCAUAUCGACAACGCGAAAGCCGAUUGUCGAGCUACGAAUUUUUUUUUUUUUUUUUUGCAGCUCUUUUGGGCUUGCAGCCGACAAAGGCUGAAUUGCCGGUCUCUCCGCGUCUCUCUUUCGCGCGAAGUACGCGGCCGCAACCGGAGAUUCGGUCGAGCGCCCCGAGUUUCAUCAUCUCAACCUCGACCAGGCGUAAAGGAAAACAAGAGACAUUCAGCGGAAAUGAAGGUCUUCUCCAACACCGAGACCUUCAACUACUCGUGGGACGAGGUGUCGACGGCGAACUGGCGGAAGUACUGCCCAUGGAACCAGAAGUCGACACACGUCGUCGCCGUCGACACGCUCAGCCGGACGGUCGACCCGGAGACGGGCAUCCUGCGCACGGAGCGGCUCAUCACCUGCCGGCAGAGCGCGCCAGAAUGGCUCAAGAGCCUGAUGGGCGGCUGCAUCGACGAGUCGCAGGUGUUUGAGACGUCGUACGUCGACCCGCGCAACAAGACGGUCACGAUGGUGUCGACCAACCUCACGUGGAGCAACCUGAUCAACGUGCAGGAGACGGUCGUGUACCGGCCGCUCAACGAGCACCAGACGCGCUUCGAGCAGGCCGCCCAGAUCACGGCGCUCUGCGGCGGCUGGCAGCGCCUCAAGAACAGCAUCGAGGACACCCUCGUCAAGCGCUUCCGCGAGAACGCCGCCAAGGGCAAGGAAGGCUUCGAGGCCGUGCUCGCCAUGAGCCGCCGCGUGUUCGCUGAGGAGCGCGAGCGCGAGCGCGCCAUGCUGCUGCAGUCGCAGGCCGCCAACAUCCGGCAGGCUGCCACCGCUUAGGGGGAGGGGGAGGGCAGCGGCGCGCCUGCGACCGCGCCUCACCGUUCCCACAACGGCGAGGGCGGUCGCACGGGCACCAAAGACACCGAAGGGAACACGGCAUCUUAGCGCCGCUAAUUUGGAGGAACAAGGGGAGGAAAAGAGCACAUAAAGGCAAUGACGACGUGCGCACCCCGAGGCAGCAUCAAAGCACGGG